CACAGCCUGCUGGAUGAAGUCGAAUCGUUGGAAGCGAUUCUGAUGGACGACGUUCAUAUCACUAAAAAUGCAAGCGGAUUUCCGGAACUGAUUGAAACGACCGUAUUUCCGACGGUGGGCGAAGAGCUGGAAUCACAGUACGUUUGCAUCACGCUGCAAGUGUUACCGGCCGUCGGCUAUCCGGAUGUGCGCCCAAACGUAAAGUUGCGCAAUCCACGUGGCCUGGAUGAUAACAUAAUCGGGCAGAUCGAGCGUGCCGUGCAGCAAAAGUUGACUGAAUCGAUUGGCCAACCGGUCGUGUUUGAUCUCAUAGAUAUAAUACGGGAACAGUUGACGGAAAGCAACCUACCAUCCGGACAGUGUGUGAUCUGUCUGUAUGGAUUCCUCGACGGUGAUGAGUUUACAAAAACCGUGUGUUAUCAUUAUUUGCACAGCCACUGUCUGGCGUGUCACAUUAACGCAUCGAAGCGCAACUAUGAGGAAGAAAUCGAAAAGCUACCCAUCUGGAAGCGUAAGGAAGCGAAACCAUUCCAGGCACAGUGCCCGGUGUGCCGGGAAUCGAUAGAUGACGUAGAGGUCGAACCGUUGAUGCGCUGUCGCCCACCGGCGGAGCGGGAAAAUGCACCGAAAUUUAAGGUGACCGAUGAGCUGAAAUCGCUCCAGGCACGAAUGAACCGGCUGUUUAUGGAGCAGAAGCGUCGGGGUGGAAUUAUCGAUUUGGAAGCGGAAGAGGGCAACGUUAUUGCGAUUGAAACGGAAUCCCCCAAUGGCGAGAUUGCUAAAGGCACAAAUGAUACCUCCUCAAACGGUCCCAGCACUAUGCUGCCAGAGGUUAAAACGCCAGCAAACAAGAAGCAUGGCACAAACGCACAACACGCCAAAGGAUCUUCAAGCUCAAAAGCAGCUAAUAAUAAUAAUGCCACCCGGCAGCGUAGUAAUGCGCCAGCUGCCACCGCAGUUGCAAACGGUGAAGCAAAUGACGAUCCGGACGCUUGUACCGAACCGUGCUGUUCGGGGCAGAACGAUCAUCACCGUGGUGGUGGAGGGUACCGGAAUCGGCGCCACAACAAUCACCAUCAUAACCGGCACCAGCGACAUCAUCACAACCACCAUCAUCAUCACCACCAGCAUCAGGGACGCGGUGGUGGUGCGGGCGGUGCUGGUACAUCCACAGCGGCUGGAGGAGCGGCCAAAAAUUUAGGCACUCCCUGCGCAUCCAACGCCAGGUGA